GGCUCAUUUAAGUUGGGAGCUGCUCGCGUUCUGUCGGGCUGGCAGAUGCAGUGCCUAGUGCCAGCCCUCCAGGACCACGCCAACAUGAAUGGGGCUGGGGAGACGGCGGACAUACUGCCGCCUAACUGCAUGGUCAAGGACCGAUGGAAAGUGCUGAAGAAAAUCGGAGGGGGAGGUUUUGGGGAGAUCUACGAAGCUCUGGACCUGUUGACUCGGGAGAACGUGGCGUUGAAGGUGGAGUCGGCCCAGCAGCCCAAACAGGUCCUGAAGAUGGAGGUGGCAGUCCUGAAGAAACUGCAGGGUAAAAACCAUGUUUGCAAGUUUAUUGGCUGUGGGAGAAAUGACAAAUUCAACUACGUGGUCAUGCAACUUCAGGGACGCAAUUUGGCGGACUUGAGGAGGAGCCAGCCUCGGGGGACUUUCACCAUGAGCACCACACUCCGCCUGGGGAAACAGAUCCUGGAGUCGAUAGAGGCCAUCCACUCUGUUGGCUUCCUGCAUCGAGAUAUCAAACCGUCAAACUUCGCCAUGGGAAGGCUGCCUUCGACCUUAAGGAAGUGUUACAUGUUAGACUUCGGACUCGCGCGGCAGUACACCAAUACCACUGGAGAAGUCCGCCCUCCGAGAACUGUUGCAGGUUUCCGAGGAACUGUCCGAUAUGCCUCAGUCAACGCACAUAAAAACAAAGAAAUGGGCCGCCAUGAUGACCUAUGGUCUUUAUUUUACAUGUUGGUGGAAUUUGCAGUUGGACAGCUACCGUGGCGGAAAAUCAAGGACAAGGAGCAAGUCGGGCAGAUAAAAGAGCGAUAUGACCAUAGGAUGUUGCUGAAACACAUGCCUUCAGAGUUUCAUAUCUUCCUCGACCAUGUAUUGGGCCUGGACUACUACACCAAGCCGGAUUAUCAGCUGCUGAUGUCGGUGUUUGAGAACAGCAUGAAGGAGCGCAUCAUCACGGAAAAUGAGCCGUUUGAUUGGGAGAAAGGAGGGACAGACUCCACGCAGUCGACAAGCGCCUCCACCCAACCACAGCACAACACACGGCCCACCGUCGCUAUGGUGGGAGCCAUAAACACCCCGGUGCCCGGAGACCUCCAGAGAGAGAACACGGAGAACGUGCUCCAGGACGAGCACCUCAGCGACCAGGAGAACGCCCCUCCGGCCCUGCCUCCCAGCGGGAGCCGCCAGGGGGGGCCACCGCCCGCCAAGGGCGAGGGAUGGGAGGACAGCGACUUCAACCGCAACAAACUCAGGAUCAGCCUGGGCAAGGGGGCCCAGGAGGGGGAUGAACCCAGCAGAGGGGCCUGUCCCAUUUCGCCGUGCAGGGCAGGAGGGGCCCCCGAGUCCCUCAGUGGCCAGGUGUGCUCCCUCCGGUACCGCCGCAUCAACAGCCCAGAGUCAGACCGCAUGUCGGCCGCUGAUGGGAGGGCCGUCGACGGCUACGGCCAAAGGUCCCGCAUGGACAUCCUGGGAUCGCCCUCGCGCCACCUGUAUUCGUCCCAACCGGCCAUGAUGCUGUCUGUGGACGACGGCCUGCAGCGCGGGCGGCACGGCGAGGGCUCGGUGGCGUCCGUGGACCAGGAAGCCCACAGUAAUGCCUUUAUCAGAUCGGUGCCGCUAGCGGAGGAGGAAGACUUUGAUAGCAAGGAGUGGGUGAUCAUCGACAAGGAGACGGAGCUGAGGGACUUCCAGCCCACCACGUCGGGCACCACCGAUGAGGAGCCUGAGGAGCUGAGGCCCCUGGAGGAGGGAGAGGAGAGGAGGAGGCUGCGGGGAGGAGGGGCGGAGAUGGUGGUGCGGCCCAAGACGACCCACACAACCAACAGCAGCCGGGGCAUGCUCACGCUCACCGAGGAGGAAGCCUCCAGACGAAGUGGGGGAAGCCCCGCCAUGUCGCCCUGUCAUUCACUCCCGUCAGGCCGUCCUGUCGGACCCCAAAGACCGCUGGAGGAUGACAGGCACCACCCGAGGCCCAAUCAGCUGCGGAGGCUGGCCUCCUACGUCUUCUCAUCAUCCACGCUGGAGACGGAGCAGUACCCGCACCCCGGAGGGUCCUUCAUCCAGCGGAGCCGCUCAGCCGAGAGCAGCCCCGCACACAUGAACUCUUCCACACACCGACGCCAUGCUCCCCUGCAGAGCCCGGGCAGCCCACGGAGCAGGCACUCGGUGAUCAUGUCUCUGACUGAGCACAAUGGCCUAUAUCAGCCCUGUCAAGACUUCAGGACCAAGGGCCAGAUGGACGAGAAGGAGCAUUUCCACAUCCUUCCCCAGCUCCAGGUCAAGAGGGCCGACUUCCUCACUGUCAUGCUGACCGGCACCCUUCCUCAGCGGCGAACCUUCCCAGCAGCUCUGUCGGCAGAGAACGAGGUCCAGGAGCCCCAGGGCCCGCGGGACGAUGAUGUGACCAAGAGUGAGUCGAACAGCGAGGCCAGCCAAAAAAGCACAGAGCGGAGCCAGGAUGGGGCCCCUGAUACCCUCAUGGCCGGCCCCCGGGAACCUGCCUCGGCCGCAGAUGCUGACCCUGACUUGGAGGACGGCUCCAAGACCCUGGUUCUGUUCUCGCCGGGGGAUCCCCGGAAGUCUCCAUCCACUGGGGGAGAACACUUCCUGCUCGAGGUUGACUUCGGGACACCGUCUGCCUCUACCCCUAGGAACGAUAUGCCUCUGGUGGGUGCGGGCAGCCAGCCAGAGCUCUCCUUCACACUGAGGUCGGACUUGAGGCCAUCCACCCCUAUCGCCCCCGCAUCUCCCCCCUUCACCAAAGUUGAGCUCACCUUUGUCCACAUCUCCGAGACUUCCCACUUUAACAUCAUGUCUUCCAGAGGUCAGACCGCAAAGGAGAGCAGCGACCACUGCGACCUCUCAGCCGUUACCCAGGAGGCCUCACCAUGGGAAGGAGACGCCCGUGAACAGACCGGACAUGUCGAACAGGGUGAGGAAUCCCAGAGUCCUUCCAGAGAGCCCCAAGCCCAUUCUAUCCCAGACGUGACCCUGGAGAAUGGUGUCACGCGCACCAAACCGGACGACCGCCCACCGCUGGUCUUCAUCAAGUCUUUGGAGCCUGUCCCGGAAGCCAUGUCGCCCAUUCUGGAACACAAAACUCUCUCUGCAGAUCCCAACAAGGGGCCAUUGUUUACCGAAGGUAUUGCCAACGCUGAACUACCGCAUACCACCCUCAGGCCGAGGAUCAAAAGCCGCAUCCCGGUUCUACUGUCUGAAGAGGACACAGGCUCGGAGCGUUCAGCCUCGCUCUCUGCCCGGGCGCGACUACGGAAGAGAGCCCGGAAACUGGACCUGGCACGCCUGGUGGUGCAGAAGCAGCAGGGCCGCUGGAUGAGGCUGCCCUCGGGGACAUCCUCCUCGCUGUCCUCCGGUGACGGGAGGGCCUCCGAGACGCUCUCCACUACCGGCUCGGAGGAAGACACCCAUGCCUCGGACGAGUCUCUGGCCAGAAGGAGGUCCUGUCUGAAGGCCAGGGCAGGGGCUGGAGGAGACCAGGGCCAGACGGAGUGGCACAGCAGGAUCCCCAGGCCUGUCACCCCCAUCAAGAGGCCCUCAGGGCGGCUGCUGGCCGCCGUGUCCUCUCCUCUUGCUCUGCCAGGAUCGGGCAUUUGUAGAGAUGCAUCCACCUUUGGUAAUGGGCUCCAAGUUCAGAAAAUAGGACUAAGCACUCUCCCAACCCAGAGGCGGUCUAAACCUCUGCAGACCGGCUCCUCUUCUUCCUCCUGUCCAAGGCCCUGUCCUGUCCCCGCCCAGCCCUGCGGCAGCCCCCGAAUGCCCCUGCGCUGCGUUUUCGUGACCCAACGCAGCCUAAGCACCUCCCACUGCAGGACAGACAGCCCCUCCCCCCAGCGUCUCCAUCCAACUAGACAGUCCCUCUCUGUCCGGCCCACAACUGCCCCUCCCCUCCAGCCCAGGGCUAAUACUACUACUACUACUACUACCACCAUAAAACGGGCCAACUCACAGGACCCCUUUACCCAGGUGUCCACCGCUAUGCCUGCCAGAAUCCGAGCCAAAUCCACGGGCCCUGCCAAAGCGAAACAAAGCACAGGGGACAAGAUGGCUGCCGCGAGAUAG